UUAAAUUAUGGUAAAACACACAUAACAUAAAAUUUACCAUUUUAACCAUUUUUGAGUGUACAGCUUGGUGGCAUUAGGUACAUUCACACUGUUGUACAACCGUUCCCACCAUCCUUUGCCAGAACUCUUUUCAUCUUGCAAAGCUGAGACUCUGUCCCCAUGAAAGAGUAACGCCCCUCCCUUUUCCCCAGCCCCUGGCUCCCACCAUCUACUUUCUGUCUCUAUGACUUUGACUCCUCUAGGUACCUCAGGUAAAUUGUGUUGGUCCUUUUGAGAAUGGCUUUUGCACUGAGCCUAAUGUUUUCAGGGUUCAUCCAUGUUGUAGCAGGUGUCAGAAUGGCCUUCUUCUUCAAGGCUGAAUAAUAUUCCAUUGUGUGGACAUACCACACUUUGUUUACCUGUUCAUCUCUUGAUGGGCACACACCUUUUGGCUAUCAUAGAUAAUGUUGCUAUGAACAUGGAUGUAUAACUAUCUCUUUGAAUUCCUGUUUUUAAUUCCCUUGUGUAGAUACCCAGAAGAGGAGUCACUGGGUCAUAUGGUAAUUCUAUUUUUAGUUGUUGAGAAACUGUCAUCUGUUUUCCUUAGCAGCUGUAUCAUUUUACAUUUCUGCUAUAAGAUUUCCAAUCUCCCUAUAACCUUGCCAACACUUGCUAUCUUCUGUUUUUUUGUUUUGUUUUGUUUAUUUUUACAGUAACCAUCCUAAAGUGGUGGAAGCGAGCACCUUUGCAUUUAUUCAGACCAUGGGUUGGGCUUUCUGUAAAUAUAUAAUACAGAUUUUCAUCUUUGCAGGUCAGAGGCUCUCUUUGUGACCUCUUACCUCUGCCAGAGAAGUGCAAAAGCAGCCUCAGUGUGUAAACGAGAGGGCAUGACUAUGUUCCAAUAAAAACUUGAUUUGUGGACCUUGGCAUGUGAAUUUCAUCCCAUCUUCACAUGCCAGGCAAUAUUAUUCUUCCUUUAAUUUUUGUCAACUAUUUAAAAACAUAAAAUCCAUUCUUGGCUUGAGGGUCAUGCUAAAACAGGUGCCUGGACAGCCCCUGUUGGAAGUGGACGGGUCUCUUGGUGAACAGCACGGUGCUUGGCGCUCAGUAAAUGAUGGUGGAAUGAAUGAUAGUAGAUGAUAACAAAUGAAUGGAGUGCCCUGCCAACCUGGGUUCUUGAUCCUAAGUCCCAGUCUCUGUCUGUGUCCCCAGGGUCCCCCUCAGGACCUGUCCGUUCAUCUCUGGUACGCCGGCCCCAUGGAGCGUGCGGGGGCAGAAAGUAUCCUCACCAACCGCUCGGAUGGGACGUUCUUGGUGCGGCAGAGGGUGAAGGACACAGCAGAAUUUGCCAUCAGCAUUAAGUAUAAUGUUGAGGUCAAGCAUAUUAAAAUCAUGACAGCGGAAGGACUGUACCGGAUUACAGAGAAGAAGGCUUUCCGGGGCCUUACGGAGCUGGUGGAGUUUUACCAGCAGAAUUCUCUAAAGGACUGCUUCAAGUCACUGGACACCACCCUGCAGUUCCCCUUCAAGGAGCCUGAGAAGAGAGCCAUCAGCAAACCCCCAGGGAGCACCAAGUAUUUUGGCACAGCCAAAGCGCGCUAUGACUUCUGCGCCCGGGACCGAUCAGAGCUGUCCCUCAAGGAGGGUGACAUCAUCAAGAUCCUUAACAAAAAGGGGCAACAAGGCUGGUGGCGAGGGGAGAUCUAUGGCCGGGUUGGCUGGUUCCCCUCCAACUAUGUGGAGGAGGAUUAUUCUGAAUACUGCUGAGCUUUGGCACACUGGCCGAGAGAUGAGAAACUCCAGGCUCUGAGCCCAGGAUGAGCGGCAGCAGGGUCAGGCGGGCUGUGACAGGUCCCAGCGGGCUGAGAAUCCAGGAUGGACUGUGGAGGGCCAGCGUCCAGCUGGCAGGGCUCCUGGGAUGAUGCCCUGCCAUGGUUAAUUUAUAACACACUGAUUUUCUCUUGGGUCCCCUCAAGAAGGUGGGGCUCAAGGCAACAGCUUUUAAUAAAAUGAUGAAAGGAA